UCUCUCUGUCUCAAACAUAAACAUAAACAAAACAACAAUGUUGUCUGGUUCCCAACAUUUUGAAUUUGAAGCACGUGAGAUAUGCUUGUCAUCAUUCCCUCAAAACCGGAAGGAGAAGGAGCCCUACAUUCACCCCCUCUCCAAACCCUCAAUCAGCCUCCACAUGUGCACCGAGUCCUUAUUUACCGAGUCCGGCUCCGCCAUUGACCCUUUCUCCGCCCCUGAGCCCACUCGGGGGCCCACGAAGCAAAGGGCCGAGCGUGCCAGCGGAGGAGCUUUCCCUCCUCCGCUGGCGAGCGGCAUGCGGGUCCACUCCCGCCGCGAAGGCGGGCGCCUAGUGAUCAGUGCGUCCGCCUCGAGGGGGGGCGGGCGCCUGAAGGCGGAGCGCGGGGACGGGAGGCUGAGGCUGUCGUUGGUGAUAGACGGCGGAAGGUGUGAGGAGGAAGGUGGGAAAGUGAUGUCGGUAAGGUGCAAUGGGGAUAGGACUGGUCCUGACAGGAUUCAUACUUUUCAGUUUUGUGUUGUUGGAAGUUAGGAAAUGAUACUACCAAUUAGAUAUGGAAGGUGGUGCCUUUUUAUUUCAUUUCUACUACUACUAUAGUCUAUAUAUAUAUAUAUAUGAAUUUGGUAGUAGCUCUUUCUUCCCUUUAAUUUCUUCUCUUUAAUCCAAAU